AUGAGUGAAUGGGACGAAAAUGGGACCGUGCUAUUGAAGGAAAAUACUUUAGUGGCAGCACUAAUGCCUCCCCAGCUCCCGGCCCCGCGGCGCCCCCGGCCCUCCGGCCCCUCUCGGUCCCUUCCCGGCCCCUGCUACCCCGGCGCCGCUCCGACCGGGCCCCUAGCGCAGCCAUCUCCCCUCCGACCCCCGCUACGGCGGGCCCCGCAGUGCCCUUCCGCCCGCCCGGGGCGAAGCACAGGACGGCGGCGGCGACGGAGGGGCCCCGCCCGGAGGAGCCGGUGCGGCGGCCGGGGCCGCCAGGGCGGACGCUGCCGAGUGCGAGGGGGCCCCACGGACCGGGCCGGGCCAGACCGGACCGCGCUGUGCCGGCGGCGGUGCCGGCGUUCCCCGCGCCCCGAGGGCGGCUGCGGGCUCGGCGCUGACGAAGGGCUCACGCCGAAGCCGGGCGAGCGCAACUCGAUUACAGGCUACCUGGAGGAGCCGGCCGAGCCGAGGCGGGCCACUUUCCCCGGUCCACGUUUUUGGGGUGGCCCGCCCGAGCUGCACCAUCAGUGCCUACAGGCAGCUCCUGCGGCGGCGGCCGCCGGCUCCCCGGCUGUGCUGCGUGCAGCGAAUAAAGCCGGCCCGCGUAGGAAGAGAUUAGCUCGGGGUUUACCCUUCACCCCGCGUAGAGAUCAGCCGAGGACAGAGCCCACCCGCCUCCCUAAAAAUGGGAUUCCCGGGAAUGCCCUAAUGAAAAGCCGGGCCACGAUCAACGCGGGAAAAUUAGGGGGGACACGGCCGGCCCCCGCGGGGUCUGACUUCGGGAGCGAAAAUAUGGAGGGAGAGAAAAGAAAAGUGCCAUUUGUUCCGCCGGCUGCGGCGGCCACCCCGCGGCUGGUGCGGGCGCAGGAAGGGGGAGCGCCGGGCCGCGCCCCCUCACCUGCCCCCGCCACCCCCGCCGCCGCGCCGCGGCUGCCGCUUGUUUGCACUCGGCUUAUCCGGAGCGGAAAUUCCUUUCCGUUUUUGUGA